ACGAUCUGGCAAGACUACCCGAUGUCCGUUAUGCGCAGGCGCUGCUCGUUAUAUUUUAUAUACCACCCCAUACCAGAAUAAAAUAUUCAUUUAAGCUAGCUCCUGCUGCGUUUUCUGCUCAAUUAAUAGUUUAUCAAACAACAAACAAUGUCUGCCUACUCAAGUGCUUCCACUACCCAGGCCACUGGAACAGGAGCAUCGGACUUGGACACAGAAUCGGUGGAGGUGCUGCGGGAGCGCCUGAGCACCAUGAAGCGUCUGAUGGCAGAACGCACGGCCCAGCAGCAGAACAAUCCUGCAUCCACAGAGGAAAUUUUUUCCACCAAGCGUCACCGGUCCGCGGGCAUUAUUGACGGAAACUUCCUCAGCAUCGCCUUUGGCGGUGCUCUGCUGGUGAUUAUCACGGUUUCGGUUUACGCCUUCUACAAUCUGUACCAUGCCAUACUCAAGAAGUUCCCCUCCCACCACGAGGAGCUGUAAGCUGCAAGGCUUUCCAUGUAUUACCAUUAUGCAUUUAAUAAUAAAAAUACGUAGUUUGAAUUGAAGUGAAACCGACGAGCAGAAGAAACCACUUGGUGGGGGAUGAUUAUUUGCUGUUUAGCAUUCGGGUUAAUCAACGCCAUUUAUUGGAGUUCAACUCAGUACAAAAAAUCAAUGUUCUUUAGUUUUUACACGUUCGUUAGGCUCGAAUUAAACUACAACUAAAUAGGGAAAUAGGGAAGGGGCUGGGCCGAAUGCAUCGACAGCAAAAACAAAAGGGGCGUUGGUAAAAUAUGAUAUAUAUAGCUAUGAAGACCAUCAAAAA